AUGUUGACCUCCACAGCCAUUAAACAGCUCCCCCGAGCCAGCACUAGAUCUCUCCGCUCCAUCCAAGCCAGCCGCACUCGCCUCCAACUCCAUAGACUCUACCAUGAAACCCCACAAUCCCGUGCUUCCGUCGAGACCGCUCGCUCCAUCAACCCAACCGACCCCAUCGCCAACCUCCCUCCCACCUGGACACCUUCACCUGCACCCACCACCAUCCGCCCACAACUGGACGUCACCAAGCAAGUCUUCAAGCCGUCGUACUACCAAGCCGUCGCCGAGAUCAUGAAGCUCCGCUCGAAAUACAUCACCAACCGCUCCAUCUUCGUCGAAGGGUCCGACAUGGUCUCCCUCCUCCUCGGCCUCGGCGCCACGCCCUCCGACCUCGACCGCCUGCAGCAUGUCUCCAACAACCUCUACUCCGACCCAACCUUACCCUUCCGGCGCUCGCGCAACGGCCGUUUCUGCUUCGACUUUUCCAGUCAGUCCGUCCGCCGCCUGGAGUUCCAACCCUUUGCCUUGUCAGUAGAAGAGGACUUCAAGCGGCACGACUCCGGGCAAAUCCGCAUCUUCGACGAAGUCCAAGACGAAUUACAGCUUAACACCGCUUUCCAAGCGCUGCUGGUUUUCAAGGGGAUGAUCUGCCACGGCGUCUCGACCACGCAGCGGCCUCGACUUGAUUACUCCUCCGAUAAAUGGGUCUGCACGCUCUUCAACCUGCGCACCGUCACCACGCCCCAUAUCCUCGGCGAGCCGGCGCUCGAGGGUGUGCACACCGACGGGGUGGAUCACACCAUGACGACGUACCUGGGGGCCGAAAACAUGGAUGUGGAAGCUAACAGCGCGGUGACGUACAUGCAUGAUAUGAACGAGGAGACGGGGGCCAAGUAUACCGAGAUCAAACCGCAACAUCUGAAGAGUAGGGUGCAGCAUAGGCACUUUUUGGAUACCUUGUUGUUGGUGGAUACGGAGAAUAAACAUAGUCUGAGUCCCGUGUUGCCGGUUGAUGAGACCAAGGAGGCGACGAGGGAUAUGCUGAUAUUUUUCACGAGAAGGCCCGUUCUGAAGAAGGGGGACGGGGUGGGACAUAUUUCGGAGGCGAUUGAUUCGUUUAGGCCGCAUGGCGAGUUGCCGAUGGAGGUGCCGCUGUUCUUGCCGGGUAAGAUUCAUGGGAAGGGGGAGUAG